AUUGAAUAUUUAAGAGCUCGCAAAUCAAAAGUUUGCGUUUCUUUGCUUAUGAUGGAUGGCCGUGUCGAGUUGUAUGAAGAAGUAAAGCUUUACCGUACUGCACGCGGAAGAGAAAAGUAUGACAAUCUUGCUGAACUGUAUGCUGUUAUCAACACCAUACAAUGUUUACAAAAAGCGUAUAUUAAGGACUAUGUGGAAUCAAAAGAAUACACUGCUGCCUGUUCAAAGCUUCUUGUCCAGUACAAAGCUGCAUUUAAGCAAGUUCAAGGAGAUGAAUUUGCAACUGUAGAGGAUUUUAUGCGGAAAUAUAAAAUGGAUUGUCCAGCGGCUCUGGAGCGUAUCAAAGAGGGGACACCGAUAACUAUCAAGGAUGAUAAACAGAAUAUAAAUAAAUGUAUUGCUGAUACUGUUUCUUUGUUUAUUACGAUUAUGGAUAAACUGCGACUAGAAAUUCGUGCAGUGGAUGAAAUUCAACCAGAUCUUCGAGAGUUGUAUGAAACUCUUUGUCGGUUGAGUAUUCUACCUUCCGAUUUUGAAGGUAAAGUUAAAGUGAAAGCAAAGUUAGAAAAAAUGGAGGAAAUGCAAGCGUCUGAUGAAUUAUCUGAAGCUGAAGUACGACAGAUGCUUUUUGAUUUAGACUGUGCAUAUAAUGCCUUCAAUCGGACAUUGCAUUCUGGCCAGUGAAUACUCAAAAUCAUAUAUAUAUAUAUAAAUGCAUACAUAAUAUGCUUUCAAAGAGGCCAAUUAUCUUUUUAUACUUAGUUUCUAUUAUUUACUUCUUUCUUUUCUUUUAACAUGUGCAUAAAUUAAAUACUUACAAGUUAAAAAUAGUAUUAUGAUUAGCUUUUAAUUUAUGAUUACCGG